AUGGCUGAUAUAUCAACAUUCCCAUUUACGAUAACAGAACUUGAUAUUGACGGUCAAUAUAUACGAGAAUACCCCAAUGCUACCGUUGACUCAAACCCAUCCUUAAAGCUCGUCUUGAAAAAAUACACACCUAAGAACAACCCCAAUCCUCAGCUAGGCGAUGUUACUAUUAUCGGGGCCUAUGGGUGUGGAUUCCCAAAAGAAUUAUAUGAGCCGCUAUGGGAAGACCUACCUGUGCGUAGUGAAGAGGAUGGAUUUCGCAUCCGAUCUAUUUGGAUCGCCGAUGUCUCGAAUCUCGGAGCUAGCGGUGUUGAAAACGAAAGCUCUCUGGGGAAUGAUCCAUCAUGGAUCGAUCACAGCCGCGAUCUUCUUCACAUGAUCAAUCACUUUCGCGAAGAGAUGACUCAGCCUAUUCACGUCAUCGCACCCGACAUACUGUCAGCCAAAGGUCCUCUUCUAGCAAUUGUUUCACUUAAACGACGUGAUACAUGGAAGUCCCGAUCCGCCGCUAUCGAAGCCGCAAAAAAGACGUAUAAGCGAUGGGAUAAGCGUGUCCUCGACCGGUGGAUACUUCAUGGAUACCAUGAAAUCCCAACAACGCAUGAAGAUCGGUCUAAUAACUCAGACGUUGCCAAAUCUGAUUCCCCUGUUACGCUUGUCAGCUCAAAGCACCAAGAAGUACUCCAAUACUUGCGUCCGAACCCAUCCAACCAUAGCCCAGUUGGAGAAGCAGAAGAUAAUGAUGCCUCAGAAAGACCUGCAUAUGACUCUCUUCUCUACCCCGAUAUCAUAAGGCCCCUUCAUGCAACCUCACAAUUCUAUUAA